AUGAAAUACCAACAAGCUGACACUCAUGAAAUUAAUGAUAACGAUGAUUGUUUCCUUACUUAUGAAGAUCUUGUUGAGCUCACCAAUAAUACUACUACUCACAAAGUUACAUCCAAUAACACUGCCUCAAGUCCCUUGAUAUUCUCACCACUCUCAACUAACCUCUCUCAAGAUGAGGUUGAAAUUCACCCACUCUCAACCUUGCAAGGAAAUACGAACACUCAUUUCUGUAACAUUAUAUGUGCCUUUGAAACAGAGCCUCAAAAAUCCACUCAUCAACCAACGUUGAUUCAACAACCAUAUGAAAAUUCAGUUCAAAACAUCUCACAAAUUCAAAAUCAAAUGCCAAUGGCAUCUUGUGUAAACAACUUUCAACAUACGAAUAACGAUCAAGUAAUCCCAGAGCCAAAAUUGAUUGCAGUUAAGAACAAUUUCAAGUUUAAGAACAAUUCUUCUGAAAGGUGUUUGGAGAAUAGUUUUGAAAUGGGGCUAUAUGUAAAACCAUUCACCGGGGGAUUUUUACGUAUUGGAUGCUCACAUAUUACUUUUCCAAAAAAAGGAACAGCAUAUUAUGCAACACAUAUUAUCCCUCCCAACCCUCCCUACAAAAUUUAUUUUGAAAUUAAAGGAACUUUUUUGGAGUUACAAGAUGCUUGCAAAUAUAACAUAGUUUUGAUCAGUGAGCAACAAAAUCCAAGUUUUGAAAUAGUCGAUUUCAGGAAGGUUAAACCAUGUGAAAGUAUCAUAUUUACAACAAAUGUUUAUGGAAGUCAGGGUUUGUGGAAAGGCCCAAAACUACCAGGAGAAAGUUCGAAGUUUGAGUGGCCAACAAUUGAUGAUAUAUUAAAAUUGUAA